CAGAGCGAGCAUUAGAGGGCUUUCCUAAACCAUCCAAGUCGGUUGAAAUUGAACUGCAUGCGGAAGAAAUCAGAUAGCUAUUAGGAAGUUUAGAUAUAAAACCAACAGUAAGAAAGCAUUUUCUCUUGGCUGACCGAUUAGCUGUGCUUAAGGCAACAUGACUCCUGUACUGAAUACCUUGUUGUUUUCAGUGCUUCUGCUUCUGACCCACAGAAUUCAGGAGCUGGUGGAGGCGUGCAGCUGUGCCCCCGCUCAUCCGCAGCAGCUCAUCUGCGACUCGGCUUUAGUGAUUCGAGCAAAAAUAUCCAGUGAAAAGGUGGUUCCUGCCAGUGAUGAUCCUCUUGAUACCCACAAAAUGAUCCGGUAUGAAAUCAAACAAAUAAAGAUGUUUAAAGGUUUUGAAAAGCUCAAGGAUGUCCAGUAUGUCUAUACCCCUUUUGAUUCAUCACUCUGUGGAGUAAAACUAGAAGCUAACAACAAAAAACAGUAUCUUUUGACAGGCCAAAUUUUAAGUGAUGGUAAAGUCCUCAUCCAUUUAUGCAACUACAUUGAGCCAUGGGAUGAUUUAUCCUUGUCUCAAAAGAAGAGUCUUAAUCAGAGAUACCAAAUGGGCUGUGGCUGCAAAAUUACUACCUGCUACAUGGUGCCCUGUUCAAUCACGACACCAAAUGAGUGCCUCUGGACGGACUGGCUCAUAGAAAGAAAGCUAUACGGGCACCAAGCCAAGCACUAUGCCUGUAUCAAGAGAAGUGAUGGCACUUGCAGCUGGUACCGAGGUGGUCCUCCCCCAGAGAAAGAGUUUAUUGAUAUCAGCGAACCUUAAAAUGAUCACAUCCUAAAAAGCCUUGGAGUCUAAUUCCAUCAAACAUUGCACGCUCACAGCUUUGAACUGCCAUCGUCUAAUGUAUCUGUUGCUUAGAAACAAAAACAAAUUGUCCUGUACAGCUAAAGUACAAGUCUGUGGAAUUGGCACUCUCGCACGAUGAGGAACAAAUCUCCUGGAGGUAGCUACUCUGUAAAGUUAUGCUUUGCACAGAGAGGCUCAAGCCGAGAAUGCUCCUCUAUGUCCUCUAAGGCAUAGCAAGUUUCCCUUUUACCAAUAUGAAUGUACAAGAACAAAAGAAUUGCCAGAUUUUUUUUCCCCCUAUUUCUGUUAACCUACAGAUUAAGAGAGCCCCAUGUUUUAUUCCAAAUCUUUUUGAUGAACUACGGAAUGUUUUAUAGAACUAUUUUUUUCUGUAUGAAAGUCUUCUGAUACAAAAGAAUUAUUGUACAGUGUAUAUGUAAAGUAUUGUAACAAUGUGCUAUAAAAAAUUCAAAAAUCCCUGUAUUUCCUUACCUGUUGAAACAAGUUGAACACUUCUGUGAUUAAAACAAUCUG